GUCCAGGUGAGCUCAGGUCUUAAGCCGGCGGGAUAACACGGACCUAGAAUGAAGUUUUCUUGCCUGAUCACCGCCCUCCUGGUGGUGGUCUCGGCGCUGUUCGCCGCCGGCGAGCCGGUCGCCGAUCCCUUCAAGAAGCUCCAGAAGCGGAAGGGUGGCGGUGGCGGCGGAGGAUACAGGCAAGUCCGCUACAUGCCCGUCAUGCGGAUGCCCACGUACGGUGGAGGAGGAUACGGCGGCGGCGGCAAAGGCUCCAAGAAGGGCGGCGGCGGAUUCGGAGGCGGCGGUUUUGGCAAAGGCUCCAAGAAGGGCGGCGGCGGAUUCGGAGGCGGUUUGUUUAGCUUCGGCAAGGGCUCCAAGAAAGGCGGAAGCCGAGGAUACGGAGGCGGAGGCGGUUUCGGCAAGGGCUCCAAGAAGGGCGGCGGCGGAGGAUACAGACAAGUCCGCUACAUGCCCAUUCGCGUCAUGCGGAUGCCCACGUACGGUGGAGGACACGGCGGCGGCAAAGGAUCCAAGAAGGGAGGCGGCGGAUUCGGAGGCGGUUUGUUUGGCUUCGGCAAGGGCUCCAAGAAAGGCGGAAGCCGAGGAUACGGAGGCGGAGGCGGUUUCGGCAAGGGCUCCAAGGGCGGCGGCGGCUUCAGCAAGGGAGGAGGAGGAGGCUACGGCGGCGGACAUGGAGGCUUCAGCAGCGGCUACGGCGGCGGUCACGGAGGCUUCGGCGGCGGCCAUGGCGGCUACAGCAGCAGCUAUGGCAAGUAGAACCGAAACCAAAGAUAGGAGCCUUCUGCAGGCCCACUCAGCGACGGAAGGCUGCCGGAAAGGCUGGCGGUGCUCCCCGGCCACAACAGCUUUCGCGGCGAAAAAAAUGUCCUGUAGGACUUCAAGAUGCUGGGCAUCGAAACCUUGAGAAUCCUUGGUAUGCUGUAAUACCUUUAACUACUUUAGUCACUUAUCGAAAUGUAUUUUCUUUUUAUAAUAAAAUUAAUGUCUGUUCAGACAGACA